CUUCCUACUUGGUCCUCGGCUCUUUUCGGUCCCCGCCUUCCGCUUCUCUCCGGCCGGAACCUUUCAUCCUCCGGUCCUGGUGGAAGGGGGGACUGAUUUUGACCUCGCGCACGCGUGUCGGUCAAGAUGGCGGCGGCCACAAGCUGCUUCGGGAGAGUGUUCCUUCAGUGCCAGAGGCAGUGUCUCUCCAGGAUCACAUAUAAUACCUCUGUUGCAUCUUGUGUUGUAAAUGGUCAGGCAGCCAAAAGACAUUAUGUUGCUGCAAAACCUGCAAAAAAGGAGAAAAAAGGCUCCAAAGUGCAAACUAAAGAUGCCAAAACAGAGGAUAUAGAAAAACUAAAGACAUAUACUUACAUGGAGGGUGAGCCUGAGGAUGAUGUCUACUUAAAACGCUUAUUCCCAAGGCAGAUUUAUGAAGUGGAGAAAGCAAUUAAUUUACUAAAAAAAUUUCAAAUUCUGGACUACUCUAACCCAAAGCAGGGUGUCUAUCUUGAUUUGACACUUGAUAUGGCACUGGGGAAGAAGAAGAAAAAGGUGGAGCCAUUUGUCAGUGUCCUUAAUUUCCCAUAUCCAUUUAUUUCAAAGACAAAUAAAAUUCUGGUAUUCACGGAGAAAGAGUCAGACAUUAAAAUUGCUGAAGAAAAUGGAGCCGCGUUUGCCGGAGGAUCUGCUCUGAUUCAGAAGAUUUUAGAUGAUGAGAUCCAGGCAGAUUUUUAUGUAAGUGUUCCAGAAAUGAUGCCAGCACUUCAGCCAUUAAGAAGGAAACUAAAAAAAAGAUUUCCAAGGCCUUCCCAAAAUUCCAUCAAUCAUGACAUUGUGAAAAUGCUUCAGUUCUUUAAAGCUGGAUAUGAGAUUGCGGUAGAUGAAGAAAGAGAAAACUUUCUCCAGACCCAAAUAGCAUUGCUGGAUAUGCCAACUAAUGAGAUAGCUGCUAAUCUUCAAGCGGUUAUCACCGAUGUCUGCAGGCACAAACCACAGAGUAGUGAACCUUUUGUGGUACGUGCAUUUCUUCGUAGUUCAACAAGUGAAGGAUUAUUAAUAAAGAUCGAGCACUUAAUGCCUCAAGAAAAAGUAAAAGCAGAAGAAAGCAUUAAAGAAACUAUUUAAAAAAUUCCAUCUUGUAAAAUGACUUUUAAUAGAUUUAAUAACUUGCAGAUCACAUUAUUUAUCAUGAUUUCAGAAUAAAGACAUGACUUAUUUUUA